AUAGAUAUGCCUCUGCUACUGGAUACUCAUGCAUAUUAUUUGCUCUUCAUGAUACGGAAACUUGAUAAAGAUCCACGGAGUGACUACUACUCAGCUGGAUCAUAUUUGAAAAGGAGGGUAAAUGCUUUAAAGCAUUUUGAAUUCGAGAGGCUGAUUUUAGACUACCGGGUGUAA